AUACGGCUCUUGAAGCUGACCGCCUAAAUCUAGGAGUACAGUACCACAAACACCACCAUUUCCUGAUAAGCGACAUUGUCCACCUGACACUUAGUAAUCCGAUUGCCUUUGGUACAUAUUCUUCCGGUAAAGAUGGCUUCGUCAUCAACCGCAACUCCCGAGACCUUGAUUACCCUCAAGGUUAGCUUCGAUGGUGUAACCCGUCGAUUUAAGCUUCCUCUUCGUGAGCUUGUGGUAUCUACGUUGGAGAACAAGCUUCGCCAUUCCCUGCAGAUUCCGUCAGAAACCACGGCCACGUUUGAGCGCUACUCAGACUCGGCUGGCUCAUUUGUUGUCCUGCACCCAGCCAACAUCCCAGCCUAUAAGCAACUUUACCGAGCCGCCAAAGCCAAGCAAAAGUUAAAGCUUCGAGUUACUACUCAGAAGCCUGAGCCCGAGGCUGAGCCCGAACCAGAAGUUAAGCAGGAAGCUGAGCCUGCCCGCGAACCUGAAGAAGUCAAGGCACCCAAGCCCGUUACGAUUGAAGACGAGCCCGAGGUCGAGUCGAAGGAGGUUGUUGAACCUACCAUCCAUGAACCUUCUCUAGACCUGACAUCUGAAGCCCUGUCCCCUAUCAAUACUUCUGCCGAGAUUGGCACUGAAGUCCUCAAUUCCAUUUCUGUGUCAGACAUUCACUCGAACCUGCCCGACUUCAUCAAGCUAUGGCGUACAUAUGGUAUGCCCAGCAUCCACGUUAGACGAGACGAAGAAGGCAAAGAAAUUGUCGACCUUGUUAAAUCCACGCCCGCAGUUACAGCCGAGUCCCUAAUGGCCCUUGAGUCUAACGAGGCAACGCAAAGCAGCUUGACUGAUACCAGUCGAUGUCCUUUCUCCCAGUCUGCAUCGCCGCUGGCUGACACUUCCCGUCUUAUUGACUCACUCAAGCAGAGGUUGGCUGUCUCGAAAGAGUCUCGGAAGAGUUCGGGUCUCCCAGAAAGCUAUUACUUCCGCAAUACUAAGGCGAAGGAGGCCCAGACGGAGGAGGUAAAGAUCGAGGAAGCUAAGAUGGAAGAAGCUACGGCUGCUCCCAGCUGCCCUAAGCGACCAUUCACCGUCUGUUGCAACAGCUGUGACCGAGCUGUUCCUGAUGCGCAUUUCCACUGUUCCACUUGCGACGAUGGUGACUUUGACCUCUGCCAGGAUUGUGUCAACCAGGGCAUAACAUGUUAUGGUGAUGGACACUGGCUCAUUAAGCGAACCAUUAAGGAUGGCCAGAUCAAUUACAGCAGCACCCACGUUGCUCCUAAGAUAUCCCGACCCAAGCCAACUAAGGUGGUGGCUACUGCCCCUAUUGUCAACCUACCUAUUAGACCCGCCGAGAGUGUAAACUGGGCUCCGUCCUGGAGUGCACCUUUCAAUGAUCGGACCUGCAACUGUUGUGUCCAGGACUUCCCCGGAGAGGAUUUCCUACACUGCACAACAUGUGACGAUUACGACCUCUGCAAGAAUUGCUUUGCCAAAAAUAAGCAUGGUCACCACCCCGCACAUGGUUUUGUCCCUGCCGUGAAAGGUACGACUUUCGAUCAUAGCGUAUCUUCGCGUCUGGCCCCUGGUAGAAAUGCUACCCACAACGCUAUCUGUGACGGCUGCGACAAGUACGUGCGCGGUAUUCGACACAAGUGCCUCGACUGCCCUGAUUGGGACUACUGCUCAGAAUGUGUCCAGAAUGCCGACUUCAUCCACGCAAACCAUCGUUUUGUGGCUAUCUACGAGCCUUUGGCUGACCGAGCUAUGCAAUCUGCAUCUCGUGCUACCCACUACGGUAUUUGCUGUGAUGGCCCAUUAUGUGCAGCCACCCAUGGGGGCUCGUCAAAGUGCAUUGUUGGCGUACGAUACAAGUGUGCUGUGUGCCACGACACCGAUUUCUGCGCCAACUGCGAGGCUAGCCCUUCUAACAAGCACAAUAAGACGCAUCCUCUAAUUAAGUUCAAGACGCCCGUGCGUCACGUUAGCGUCACCACCACUGGUGAGCAUGAGGAUGGUCAACGCAUGCCUACGAUGGGCGAUCGUGUUACCCGAGCUACGGCAACGGAUGCCUCGGUUCACGAGAGCAUUGCUGCUACCCCUGUGCAGACCGUGGUUGAUGUGCAGCCCACUGAGCAGCAGACACCUAAGCCGGAAGAGAAGGAAGUAGAAGUAAAGAAGGAAGAAGUGGAUGCAGAGGUAGCAACUCUGGUCGAGAAGCAACCGAGUACACCUGACCUUGUCGCCGUAUUCCAGCACGACAGAGUCGCUGAUGGAACCAUCCUGCCUCCUAACUACACUUUUGAGCAGGUCUGGGUUCUCCGCAACGAGGGCACAGAUGCUUGGCCAGCUGGUUGCUCAGUAAAGUUCGUUGGUGGUGACUACAUGGGGGCUGUUGACCCCACUCACCCGGCUGGUAUUCAUGAGCUGGUUUCGGCUUCCGAGUCGACGAUUUGCUACAACGCACUUAAGCCCGGCCAAGAGUUUCCUUUUACUGUCCUGAUGCGCACCCCUGACCGAGAGGGGAAGGUGAUUUCUUACUGGCGACUAACCACCCCCGAUGGCGUCAAGUUUGGCCACAAGCUAUGGUGCGACGUAACUGUCCAGGCGCCCCCCAAGGUCGUGGAGGCUCAACCUCUGCCCGAGAAGGAAGAAGCUAGCAGUUCGCCUACUCUUGAUGUAGCCGAGAGCCAGAUGAUCAUUCCCAAGUUGGAGCACGAAUCGCCAUCUGCCAGCAUGCAUGAGAAUGCUCGAUCAGAGGGAGAAGUUGAGACAGAGACGGACACGCUUGCGCAAUCUGUGCAAGAUGAGCAGGAGGAGGAAGACUUUGAGGACUGCGGUGAGGACGAGGAGUGGGCGGAGUCUGAUGAGGGUUUCAUGACCGAUGAGGAAUACGACAUCCUCGAUGCGUCGGACGAGGAAUACCUCUCAGAACAGCACAAGCCGGCAUCGAAGAAAUAAGCAGCAGAGAGAAGCCUCGCAGUACGUUCGGCCGAAAACACCACUUUGCGAGGGCGGUUUCGAGGGCGACUUCGUGGCAAAGAAAGAGAGGCGUUAUUUCAGUGUGCUGUCUGUUUCUUCAUUCCCAUUUCGGUGCCGGCUCCUAGGACUAUCUACUUACUGACGAUUUGCUUGUUUUCGGGUAGAGGUCAUAAUGAUCUCUACAGAUGCCACAUGACAUCCACAUCUCAUUCCACUCAUUAGUUAGGCAACAGGAACAGAUUGUUGGCAUGCGCAGGAGCUAUAAGGAUAGGGUCCGGUAGCUCAAUUCACUUGUGUUCAUAAAAUUGUGCGAAUUACGAUGUACUUUCAUUAGGUACUACUGCGUCUUUAAUGUGCUAUCUUCGUAAUUGUAUACAUAAUAUCCAGGUAGGUAUGCAAAGCAGCAAGGUAAAUAUGUAGGUAGAAUUCUGU